UUUUUGACGACCUCCCUGGCGCAGUGAGCUAAAAUAAACCCUGGUACAUCUAUGACGGAGGCGGUGGAGUGGUACACCAAUGCCAACGCUGCCUUGCUUACACACCUCACCAAGGAGAUCAAAGACACCGACAGCAGUACUAUAUGGAGGUACCUCGUCGGAUUCAAGAACUUACUCCGGAGCAUCGAAUGCAAGGGUAUAGCUUCGGUUCUCGGUAUCAACUACUUCGCACGAGGUUAUCUUCAACCAAGAGCACAUGAGAAGUACAUAAGCCACAUGGUGCUCGGCAGAGAUCUGCUCGACAACACACUGAACCUGGUCCCCUCGCUCAUUCCUCUGCACAUGGACAUAAAGGAGGACAGCCCCGAAUACCAAGAGCUGGAGAAAAAAAAUCAGCAAAUAGUGGAUAAUAAACAGCAGGCAGGCAGCGUUAGCGAGGCGAUAGAGUAUUUCGACCAAACAGCCACGCUGCUCGGCAAGCUAAGAGCAGUCCAGAAACAACUAAGGGAAUACAUAAGGGAGGGCGUUAACCACAGUUUAAAGGAGGCGCGUCGCAGCGAAGCAGUUUGCGCAGGAAUCCUUAUCCUGGUUUGUGUGGUGUCGCCCAUCAUCAUAGCUCUCGUGCGGAACGCCGUCAACACUAUACAGGUUUACGCCCGCAACUUGUCCGAGAAAGCGACAGAGUUAGAGUACGAGAAGGAGUUGAGUGACUCGCUACUCUACCAAAUGCUGCCAGCCAGUGUUGCUAAGCAACUGAAGCAAACCCAACAGGUACCGGCGGAGUUCUUCGCAUCCGUGACCGUGUACUUCAGUGACAUAGUGGGGUUUACUGCAAUCGCGGCCGUUUCCACGCCCUACCAGGUGAUAAGCUUCCUGAACUCCGUGUACAAGCUUUUCGACGAGAGGAUCGAAUGCUACGACGUUUACAAGAUCGAAACCAUCGGGGACUCGUAUAUGGUUGCUUCAGGACUUCCCGUCAGAAAUGGCAACAAGCAUGCCACAGAGAUAGCGAGCAUGGCCCUGGAGCUGCUGGAAGCUACAUCUAUGUGUCGACUGCCGCACCGCCCCGAUCAGGCCUUAUGUAUGAGAAGCGGUAUCCACACCGGCCCAUGCGUAGCUGGCAUUGUGGGCACGAAAAUGCCGCGCUACUGUCUGUUUGGGGACACAAUCAACACGGCCAGUCGGAUGGAGAGCACCGGCGAACCUAUGAAGAUACAAAUAUCGGAGGACGUCAAGCGAGCUCUCGACAAAACUGGCAAUUUCGUCACCACGCCGCGAGGAGUUGUCGAUGUGAAGGGUAAAGGUGAAAUGACAACGUACUGGCUGGAAGGUAGGACCGGCCCUUCCCCUGUGAGGCCAACUAGCUCAUCAUUGGACUGCACGCCUAGUUUCCUCGCGCGAAUUCACUCACAACGCCGAACUUCCCCGAGAUACCAACCAGAGGCGAACAAGAAUUGAGUCAAUAAUAUAAAGUCUAAGUCUUACUUGUCUUAAUAAUGU